AUGGAGAGAGAGACACGAGCAAGUUCGGAGGGCGUGUGUGGGGCACCUCCCACCAUCUCCUCGAUUCAUCGCGGCCUCGCCUUCACCCACGAGGGCCACGCUUCGGGCUCUCCUCAGAUGAAUCCCCAAUUGCAGCUCCGCCAGAGAAUGCUGAAACGCGCAGCCACUUGUGCAGACGGUGCAGGCACAUCUUCUCCGCCUCGAUUGGCACGGCGUCGCAGCUCUCUCCUCUCCAAUUACUCGGAUACGCGCUUCUCUCAUCAGUCGUCAAUGGACGACCUGCCGCGAACGAGUGGAAAAUAUGAGAUGCCCAAGUCCAAAGCAACAGAUGAGCCAGCGGACUGGAUCUCGAUUCCUGUUGUGGCUGCCAUCGUGCCAGCCCUAGUAGGGCUGACGUAUGAUAAUGGAGCGGCCAUUGCAUCCGAUCUCUUGAUACUCGCCAUGGCAGCCUGGUUCCUGCAUUGGUGUGUGUCGGUUCCUUGGCAUUGGUACCAUGCGGCCCAAGAGCGACAUUACGACUACGAUGACAUGAGCUCCACGCGUCUUGACGACAGCAUCAUAGAGGAAGACGAAGCGGCCAAUGAAAGUGGCGAAGAGCGUCCACAGGCUUCUGAAGAUGGAAAGAACAAGGGCUCACGCCCAGAAGACCUUGAUGACGGCAGUACCACAGCCUUGGCUUGGAACGCAAAGGAAAACGCCCGUAAAGCAUUGAGGCGAGAAGAGCUGAAAGCUCUGUUUGCAUGCUUUCUGGGACCUCUACUGGGGGCGACUUUGCUACACACACUCAGGGGCUACCUUACGCGUACGGAGGGCAUCGUGUCGGAUUUCAACCUGGUCAUCUUCAUCCUCUUCUCCGAGUACCGGCCCUUCAAACAGCUCAUCAAGCUCCGCGAUGAGAAGAUAUGGCAUCUACAGCGUAUAGUCAAAACCGAUCCCCAAGACCAGUUGACAGUUGAAUAUCUGGCACAUCGAGUGGCUGAACUCGAAUCUCGAUUGGAUGGACCACUCGCCACCAACAUUGACAUUACAGAGAUCAGCGCCAAAGUCACACAGAGCACGCAACUCCAGCUCGACGGUCUUACACGGGCAGUACGGCGCUACGAGAAACGUCAAAUGGCAGAGGCCAUACAAACAGAAGCGCGCUUCCGCGAGCUGGAUGUUCGUCUUCGCGAUGCCUUGUCUCUGGCUGCUGCCGCUGCGAGGACUGGACAGCAGCCUGGUCUCAUUGUCAUGACUAUUCGUUGGGUCAUGGGAACCAUAAAAGAUGCCAUGGGAACAAUGUGCAGCAUUGCAUUAUAUCCUUUCACGGCUUUAGCGUCCUCGGUCGCAUACAUCGAGUCCAUCUUCCUCGAGGACAAGCCGCAGUCGCGCAAGCGCACUAGUGUCAACGGGAAAGCAUACUCGCCCAUGUCAUCGUCGCGCAUACGUUCAAGGAUGCUAUCACCCUUCGUCUCAUUUCACUGCGUUGACAAGUCCAUGUUCUGUGUAGCUUACCGCAACCCCAUCUACAACUUGCACUGCGGAGACGAUUCGUUCAAAAUACCCACUCUUAUGUAUUCAAUGGCGAUAACCCAUCAACAUGGCCCAUGGAUUCAACGACCGCCAAACAGCACCGAAAACGGUAUCCCGCUUCCCCUCUGCAUUGCAAACACACAUGCCAUUCUUCCCGGAGAUAACACAACUUCACCCCCAACAUCUCCGCGAAACUACCCCGCUUCCCCACCACUUCGAACAGCCCAGAAGACCAACAUAGUCCAGACUCUGGAUAUAGACUAUCCAUAG